UCAUCCGGAGGAGGAGGGUGCCAGAGCUUUGAACCCGGUUCUGUGUCGCCCAUCCUGCGGCACCCCACCACCCAUUCGCAGAAUCGCAGUGCAGACUGCAGACUGCAGAGGCCGUCCGUCGUCGUCUACACGUCCACACUCCACACAACAGCCUCCGGCCAAGAGCGACGAGAAGGGAUACCCAUGGAGAAGGCGCUCACCAAGAUCGGCAGCUUCACCAUCUCCCGGAAGGCCAAGCAGGAGCUCUCCGCCAUUGGCGGCGAUAUCUCCCGUCUCUCGAGCACUGUUGAGGAGAAGGCGAAAUGGGUUUUCGACAAGCUCAAAGGCAAACCAAACAAGUCACUCUCUGAUCUCCUGCGAGAGUACAACCUUCCUCCAGGCCUCUUCCCUCGGAAUAUCAUCUGCUACGAAUAUGAUCAAACAAGCUCGAAGCUUGUUGUGCACCUGUCUAAGCCCUGUGAGGUGAGCUUCAAGGAUUCAUCCGUGAUACGGUACGCGCCUCGUGUCAAGGUGACUCUGUCUCGAGGCAAGCUCUCCGCGAUCGAAGGCAUGAAGACCAAGGUGGUUGUGUGGGUGAAGGUGGCUAGCAUAAGCUUGGAGAGCUUCAGGUCUGACAAGAUCUGCUUCAUAGCCGGCGUGAAGAAGCUGAGGCAGAAGGAUGCUUAUGAGGUCCCCAGGGAAGGCAUCGCAGUUGAGGAGUUCUGAACCUGAAUUGAUCAGUGUUAUCUCAUAGUUUCAUUCUUACCAUUUUUUUUGAGUCCAUGUGGUGUGUGAUUCUCUGGAGGACACAUUGGUGAUUUCUGGUGCUGUGAUUCAGCAGAUUUGUAUAUUGGAAACAUGGAGAAUUUGUUCCUCCUGACAAAAGACACUCUUGCAUGUUCUCUCAUCCGGUCCUUCACAUGGAUGAUGUCCUAGCAAUGUGAACAUUUUAGUAUGUGUUUUCGUUCUGAAUUGCCUAUUUCUAGGGGA